CAACAGAGACCAUGCAAAGAUCGCCACAAGAAAAUUUUAAUCUUAUUAGGAAUUGGCAAAGACCACACAGAGGUCCAAAGUGUGUCCCUGCCACCAUGAGAAGUUCCUAUACCCCCAUCAACACGCAAUGUAGCAUCAUGUGCAACUCGAGAUUUUUCCUUCCAACCAUUAAGAGUACUCCACACAUGAUCGCGAACAGAACAGAAAAGUGCCAAGUGCCCAUGACCGCCAUAGUUGGUAAACCCAAAUAUCUUUUAUGACAAGUUACGACUGGAAUACCAAGCGUAGUGGCUACAACAUCUAUAACUUCCUAAGAGGCAUUGGGACUAAAAGAUAAAGUCGAUUUAUGAAAAUUAAUUUGCUGGCCUGAAACCUCUUCAUAAAUGCGGAAAAUCUCCUUCAAGGUAACCACAAAGAAAUUCACUACUCCUAAAGAAAUUUGGGAAGACUUCUUUAAGUCCUACCCAACUCACAGGCAUAUUCAAACAAAAACUUGUGAGGACUAUGAGGAUUUGCAAAUUGUCAUUGGGAAUGCAACUGCUAUUGGAAAAAAAAACUCAUUAGGAUUGGGUGAUGGUACUAAUGCAAGAACUUUUGGGGUGAAAGAUAGACAAGUUGGAAUAAAGGACUUUAUUUAUGAUAAUGACACUCAGACCUUUGUACCAAAUCAUAAUGAAGCAUCACACCAAGAUCCACCACUCAGACAUUCUUCUUCAAGCCAAUAUUUGGACAGGUCCCUCAAAAAGCUCAAGCCAAAGGAAACGAACUAGACCAGAGCAUGAACAAUAUCACAAAAUGUAUUAGCAGCUUGUAACUUUGAUUUAGAAUUCAUAUAUGUGCUUAGUGGGUGGGAGGGCUCAGCUCAUGAUUCAGGAGUACUAAAUGAUGCUUUAACAAGGAGGAAUGGACUUAAAGUGCCACAAUGUAUUCUUUUCUUUUUCUUUUUUCAUUUACUGUUUACAUU